UUGACCAAUCAGAGCUGAACUGACCAUUGCUUCCGGCCCGCCCUCUCGCCUGAGGCCGGGGGAGGACCCGGCGGUAGCUAUAUCCUAGGAGUUCUGGAGCAGCCGCUAGGAACCCGCCCCGCCGGGCGUGGGCCCAGCGCUGCAACCAUGCCCGCCUCUGUGCUGUGGGCAGUGGACCUCUUCGGGAGAGUGUACACCUUGUCCACGGCUGGCCAGUACUGGGAGCUUUGCAAGGAUGUCCAGAUGGAGUUCAAGCGGGUCAGUGCAGCCACCCAGUGCUGCUGGGGCAUCGCCUGUGACAACCAGGUCUACUUGUACGUGUGUUCCAGUGAUGUACCCAUCCGCCACCGAGAGGAGGCCUAUGAGAAUCAGCGUUGGAACCCCAUGGGAGGCUUCUGUGAGAAGCUCCUGCCGAGUGACCGCUGGUCGUGGAGUGACGUGAGUGGGCUCCAGCAUCGGCCGCUGGAUGGGGUAGCACUGCCCUCACCACACUGGGAAUGGGAAUCGGACUGGUACGUGGAUGAGAACUUUGGAGGGGAGCCCACCGAGAAAGGGGGGUGGACAUACGCUAUGGACUUCCCUGCCACCUAUACUAAAGACAAGAAAUGGAAUUCAUGUGUGCGGAGGCGAAAGUGGAUCCGGUAUAGGAGAUACAAAUCCCGGGACACCUGGGCCAAGAUCCCCUCAAAGGAUGACCCCAAGGAACUCCCCGACCCCUUCAAUGACCUGUCUGUGGGAGGGUGGGAGAUCACAGAGGAACCUGUGGGCCGCCUGUCUGUGUGGGCCGUGUCCCUGCAGGGAAAGGUGUGGUACCGAGAGGAUGUCAGCCACCCCAACCCAGAAGGCUCCUCCUGGUCUCUUGUGGACACCCCAGGGGAGGUGGUCCAGAUAAGCUGUGGGCCCCACGACCUUAUAUGGGCCACCCUCUGGGAAGGGCAGGCCCUGGUCAGAGAAGGAAUCUGCAGGAACAACCCAAAAGGAAGUUCCUGGUCCAUAGUGGAGCCUCCUGGGUCUGAAAAUGGUAUCAUGCACGUCUCCGUGGGAGUCAGUGUGGUCUGGGCCAUCACGAAGGACCGCAAAGUGUGGUUCCGGAGGGGCGUCAACUCUCACAACCCCUGUGGCACCAGCUGGAUCGAGAUGGUUGGGGAGAUGACAAUGCUGAACGUGGGGUUGAAUGACCAGGUCUGGGGGAUCAGCUGUGAGGACCGAGCUGUGUACUUCCGACAGGGUGUCACCCCCAGUGAGCUCAGCGGGAAGACAUGGAAGGCCAUCAUUGUGGGCCGAGAAAAUGACCGGUCACAUUCUGGCAGCUCAUCCAGUCUCCUCAGUGCCGGCUGCUUCUUCGGGGAUGAGGUGAGGGGCAGUGGUACAGAAUCUGCACCCAGCGAUACCGAUGCCUCCUCGGAAGUCGAGAGACAGGGCCCUGAACAACCUUUCCCCAAAGAAUCUUUGGACAAUUCCAGGAACCUUAAAGGGAGCUUGUCCAAGGGCCCCGAGGUCAGCAGGAACCCUGAGCAGAGCAUGGAGAACACCUGCCCGGCUGAAAGUGAAGGGAAGGCCCCUCAGGCCUCUAGCGCUGAUGAAUGCCAUGGCCCAGCCUCCACACCAGCCGAGCUGCCCUGGACCAACAUUGACCUCAAGGAGCCCAAGAGAGUGUCUAACCAGCCAGCUGCAGGCUUUCCUGAGACGACCGGCCUCUCCUCCCUGGGGCCCUUCCCACUGGGCAUGGAGGAGCCAUAUGGAGCAGAUGACCAUCCCCUGUGGGCCUGGGUGUCUGGAGGUGGAUGCGCAGUGGAGGCAGGCUCUGUGCUCAAGUGGUUCACUGUCCAAUCAGGCCUGUCCCCCUCAGUGCAGACGCUGUCCCUGUCCAUCACACCCGCCCAGACCGCUGCCUGGAGGAAGCAGAUCUUCCAGCAGCUCACGGAGAGGACCAAGCGGGAGCUGGAGAGCUUCAGACACUACGAGCAGGCUGUGGAGCAGUCGGUGUGGGUGAAGACUGGGUCCCUGCAGUGGUGGUGUGACUGGAAGCCCCACAAAUGGGUGGACGUCCGUGUGGCCCUGGAGCAAUUCACAGGGCAUGACGGGGCUCGAGACAGCAUCCUCUUCAUCUAUUACAUGGUCCAUGAGGAAAAGAAGUACCUACACGUGUUCCUGAAUGAGGUGACCGUGCUGGUGCCCGUGCUUAAUGAAGCCAAGCACUCCUUUGCCCUCUACACCCCCGAGAGGACGCGGCAGAGGUGGCCUGUGCGCCUGGCUGCCGCCACCGAGCAAGACAUGAACGACUGGCUCGCCCUGCUCAGCCUGUCGUGCUGUGAGAGCCGGAAGGUCCACGGACGCCCGUCCCCACAGGCCAUCUGGUCUGUCACCUGCAAGGGUGACAUCUUUGUGAGCGAACCCAGCCCAGACCUGGAAGCCCGUGAGCACCUGCUGCCCUGCGACCAGAUGUUCUGGCGGCAGAUGGGAGGCCACCUGCGGAUUAUAGAGGCCAACAGCCGAGGUGUGGUGUGGGGCAUUGGCUAUGACCACACAGCGUGGGUAUACACAGGCGGCUACGGCGGAGGUUGCUUCCAAGGCCUGGCCAGCAGCACCAGCAACAUUUACACACAGUCAGACGUGAAGAGUGUCUACAUCUAUGAGAACCAGCGUUGGAACCCUGUCACGGGCUAUACCAGCAGGGGUCUGCCCACCGACCGGUACAUGUGGAGUGACGCCACGGGGCUGCAGGAGUGUACCAAGGCUGGCACGAAGCCGCCAUCCCUGCAGUGGACGUGGGUCUCUGACUGGUCUGUGGACUUCAGUGUCCCCGGCGGCACCGAUCAGGAAGGAUGGCAGUAUGCCAGCGACUUUCCUGCCUCUUACCAUGGCUACAAAACCAUGAAGGAUUUUGUCAGGAGAAGGUGCUGGGCCAGAAAAUGCAAGCUGGUGACCAGUGGGCCGUGGCUGGAGGUGGCCCCUAUUGCCCUUGGCGAUGUGUCCAUCAUCCCAGAGAGUGCGGAUGCGGGUGGGCGAGGCCACAGCAUUGCACUGUGGGCUGUCAGUGACAAGGGGGAUGUCCUGUGCCGCCUGGGCGUAUCCGAACUCAACCCCGCGGGUUCCUCCUGGCUACACGUUGGCACUGACCAGCCCUUCGCCUCUGUCUCCAUCGGGGCCUGCUAUCAGGUGUGGGCUGUGGCCAGGGAUGGCUCUGCAUUCUACCGGGGUUCUGUGUCUCCCUCUCAGCCAGCUGGUGACUGCUGGUACCACAUCCCCUCUCCUCCCAAACAGAAGCUGACACAGGUGUCCGUGGGCCAGACAUCAGUAUAUGCCUUGGAUGAAAACGGGAACCUGUGGUAUCGAGCAGGGAUCACCCCCAGCUAUCCGCAAGGCUCCAGUUGGGAGCACGUGUCCAACAAUGUGCGCAAAGUGUCUGUGGGCCCGCUGGACCAGGUCUGGGUGAUAGCCAACAAAGUCCAGGGGAGCCAUGGCCUGAGCCGGGGGACAGUGUGUCGUCGCAUGGGUGUCCAGCCUCGGGAACCCAAGGGGCAGGGCUGGGACUAUGGCAUUGGAGGAGGCUGGGACCACAUCUCUGUCCGGGCCAAUGCCACCAUGGUACCCAGGAACGUGUCCAGGGAACAGGAGGCCCAUGGUCAAGGUCCCGUUUACUGCUGAGGCCUCUCCUCACCCAGAGGCAAGGAUGGUUGGAGCCUGAAGGACCAGAACCGAGCCUUUCUUGUGUCGUAUGAGAGGGCGUCACCCAGGCCCACACACGUUCAGGGAGUCAGGCCCAAGUGGGCUAUUUCUGAAGCACUGACAGAAUGCCCGAAGAUGUGAAACCGCGAGCACACCCACGCGUGUUCCAGUCUGUGAAGGAUGCUGUGGGGGAAGAGUGGAGACAACUACUGCCUGGGCCCUCAACCCUGG